AUUUGUUGAAUCACAUUUCACAUGGUGAUAUGGGAAAGAUAAGGAAAUAGGGUCUUUGGGGUCGAUUUGAUUCACUGGGCUUUUUUUUGGUGAGCACAAAAUCGUGAAAUGAAUCUCAUUUCAUUUCAUGUUGUAUAUGGAAAAUAUUUGUUGAAUCAAUAUCUUCCAUCACAUUAAAAAGUUUACCUAACACAUUACAGAUUACAUAUAUCUCAUUAAAAUAUUUCCUCCUCAUAUUCUUGCAGUCUAACAAAAAACCAUCGCUGGCUGAAAAAAAUUAUAUAGACCGUAGUGACUUGAUGAAAACAAUUCACGGACCAUGAUGUUAAAUAUCACAGCCUUCUCUCCUCCUCUACUGCAUAGCCAAAAGUGUUUCCAGUUGCUUUCUCCCCUCAUCUAGCACAACUCCAACCACCCUUCUGAAAUGGAGGCGAGUCUACUGGUUAUUCCUUUGGUUUUAUUAUUGUUAUCAAUUACAGCUAAUGGGGAUAGGUUAAAGGUUGGUUAUUAUCGUCAAACAUGCCCUCAAGCCGAGGAGAUUAUCAAUGAUACUGUUACCAAAGCUUUUAAAGAAAAUCCUUGUGUACCAGCUGCUCUUAUAAGAUUACACUUCCAUGACUGCUUUGUAAGAGGCUGCGAUGGAUCAAUUCUCCUUGAUUCCACAGCAGAUAACACAGCGGAGAAGGACGCCCAUGUCAAUAACCUAAACCCUAAGGGCUACGAAAUAAUUGAUGAAGUCAAGUCCAAACUGGAAGCCAAAUGUGCCGGUGUCGUUUCUUGUGCCGACUUACUGGCAUACGCUGCAAGAGAUGGUGCUUACCUAGCUGGUGGGUUAUUUUGGGCGGUUCAAGCGGGACGAAGAGACGGAAGGAUAUCUCUUGCAUCAGAGCCGCCAUUGAAUAUUCCUUCUCACUCAUAUGAUGUAAACAAGUUGACACAAGUUUUUGCUUCAAAGCAUUUGUCACAGGAGGACAUGGUCACGCUCUCAGGGGCCCAUUCAAUUGGGGCUUCUCACUGUGCUGGAUUCAGUGGAGAUCGUCUGUACAACUUCAAUGGCAGUGCUGGUCAAGACCCUUCCAUGAACUGUAACUAUGCCCUUCAUCUCAAGGCCAAAUGCCCCCCUUCGGCUUCACCCGACGUGCUUGUUCCGUUCGAUCCUGUCACUCCCACUAAGCUGGACGUCAAUUACUACAUAAACUUGCAGUACAAUCUUGGACUGUUGAAAUCUGAUCAAGAGUUGAUUUCAGACGAUGCCACCUCCCGAGAGGUGAAAAUAAACGCUAAGUAUCCAACCAUUUGGAGGAAGAAAUUUGGGCGAGCAAUGGUAAAGAUGGGUGCAAAUGAUGUGUUGACAGGAUCGCAGGGAGAGAUAAGGAAACACUGCCGUUAUGUGAACUAGCCGAUUGCUCCACCACCAUUAAAGAGGGCUUAGAGUGUCAUGACGCUAUUAUGUUAUAAAUUUCUUUGAGUUCUGGAACUGUAAUUCGUUUCUCACCUUCCUUUUUGUUUUACAAAUAUGUGAUAAUAGUUAAUUAAUUAGUUAAUUUUGUAUUGUA